AUUGUUAUCAUACAUUUGUUUUUUUAUUUUUUAUGUACUUAAUUUUUAAUUUUUAUAUUUAUGAAUUAAGACUCUGACGUUAUUGUGAUCAGCUUUACCAUUAUGCAGCCUUCAACCGCGGAAACCAAACCACCCCUAGAAACACCAGAAAUGACUGAAAUGCCAUCACCGUCAGCGCCACCGCCCACAACCCCCAAUGAAGAGGUAAAGUCAACCUGGAAAGUUCCAAUGGCUUCCGGUCAAUGGUCUACCGGACUUUGCGAGUGUCAUUCCGAUAUUUCAAAUUGUUUCAUCACGUGCUUAUGUCCAUGCAUCACAUUUGGACAGAUUUCGGAGAUUGUUGAUAGAGGCACAUCAUCUUGUGCAAUCAAUGGAGCAAUAUACACCUUAUUAGCGGUAAUUGCUGGAAUUCCAUGCAUAUAUUCAUGUUUCUAUCGCCGGAGACUGAGGAAUGAAUUCAAUUUAAAUGGCAACUCUUGUACCGAUUUUUGUACUCACUUUUGUUGUGAGCUUUGUUCUCUUUGCCAAGAGUAUCGCGAGCUCAAAUUAAGAGGUUUCGAUAUGAGUUUAGGAUGGCAUGCCAAUGUGGAAAAUCGAAAUCGACAAUCAACGAUGAUUCCACCACCAUACGAAAGUAUGACGAGAUAAAGAAAGAGUACUUACAACAUGGGCGGAGUACUAAAUGUUACCACCAUUAUCGCUGCUCGAACUGUGUGGAAUCUUUUGAGCCAAAACCGAGCAGUCGGAUUAUAUGGGAAUGACGAACACACACCACCCACAGAGACGAAAGAGGCUGAUGCAUAGAAAAAUUGUAGCAACUUCUUGAUACAACAAUGACGAAAGUGAAAAACGUAGACUAAUUAAUUUUUUUUACCAAUGUGUAGAUAAACAAAAAUAUUUAGUCAAUAACCAACAUUAUUUUAUUCUUUAUGUAGGAAAACAUUAAAGGAGAUUGCGACGUGUAGU